AUGGAAAGGGCCGGCCAGGUUGAUGGCAAGGUGGCCCAGACUGGAAGGAACAAAGAAAUAGCUCAACAUAAAGGCAAACCUCGCACAGCUCUGAUCCUCUAUGGAUCGGAGACCGGCAACGCCCAAGAUGUAGCAGAAGAAGUAGGACGGAUGGCCGAACGCCUCCGCUUCGACACCACCGUCCUCGACCUAGACUCGGUCCAGCUUCGUGACCUACUCAAGCCUACGGUCAUCGUCUUCGCAGUCUCCACUACCGGCCAAGGAGAGCUGCCGCAAAAUGCCCGCAAGUUCUGGAAGACCCUACUAUCUGGUGCUUUGAAGCCUGGCGUCUUGCGGAGAGUUCGAUUUUCUUCCUUCGGCAUCGGCGACAGCUCGUAUGCUAGGUACAAUGUCGCCCACCGGAUGCUAUGUGGCCGGAUGCAGCAACUUGGCGCUCAGCCAUUCUGCGAACGUGGCGAGGGUAACGAGCAGCAUCCCGAGGGUCACAGUGCUGGCUUCCGAGAGUGGAUCGUCCAACUGAAGCAGAAGCUCCUCGACUCCGUGCCGCUGCCGGAGAACGUGGAGCCGCUUGCUGAUGAUGAGUUCUUGGACCCGAAGUGGAAGCUUGCUCUUGUUGAGGACAAUGAGGAGAAGAGGUCGAACGGCGUACCUCAUGAUCCUCAUCAGCCCAACGGCAUGAGCAAUGGGGAAUCUCCAUCGUCUUCGCAGGGUCAUACAAAGGCUUCAAAUGCAAUGGAAGACCUGCCGUCGCGGGAACAAGUUCCAGUCAAGGACGCUCAUCACGCCAGAAUCGUCUCGAACAACCGCAUAACCACCUCAGAUCACUUUCAAGACGUGCGGCUGCUUGACAUCCGUUUGGAAGAUGUCAUCCCUUAUGGCCCUGGUGCGGUUGCGGUCGUAUACCCCAAGAACUUCCCCAGCGACGUCCAGGCCUUCAUUGACCUGAUGUCCUGGCAGAACAUUGCCGAUAUACCUCUAACUCAACAGCCCACUUCUCCCUUAUCCGCGAAUACCCCUCCACCACUCCGCAACUUCUCCAUCCCUUCCAGCAUGACCCUUCGAUGGCUCUUGGAAAAUGUGCUGGACAUCAUGUCUAUUCCACGCCGCUCAUUCUUCGCCAAUCUUAUCCACUUUACAGACCCAGCGCACCCUGACUCCGAAUACCAAAAAGAACGCCUGCUCGAACUCGCCAACCCUGAACUCAUCGACGAGCUCUGGGACUACACCACCCGCCCCAAGCGCACCAUCCUCGAAGUCAUGGCCGACUUCACCACCAUCCGCAUACCAUGGCAGUAUUGUCUCUCCACCCUACCUCUGAUGAAAGGACGACAGUUCUCUAUCGCUUCUGGUGGCCAUCUGCGACAGUCUCCUGACGGGCCCGAGAAGACGAGGGUACAGCUUCUUGUUGCGAUUGCGGACCCUCCAAGUCCCAUCAUCAAGUACCGCCGUCGCUACGGCGUCUGUACACGGUAUAUUGCUACACUUGCUGCCGGUCAACAACUGCGAAUCGGGAUGCAGCCUGGAUAUCUCGACGCUCAGCCCACUGACCUCGAGGUCCCGAUCCUGAUGAUCUCGCCCGGUACUGGCCUCGCACCAAUGCGUUCGCUCAUCUGGCAGCGAGUGAUGUGGGCUCAAGAGCAAGCGUUGCGAGCACCUGGGAAGGCUUUACAAGGCGAUGUCCUGCUCUUCGGCUGCCGCAGCAAAGAAGCUGAUUACUUCUUCCGUGACGAAUGGGAAAAGCUGCAGCAGGAGGAGAGUCUAAUAGUACUCACAGCUUUCUCCCGCGACAAGGACGAGCCGAAGCGGUAUGUUCAAGAUGUCAUUCGCGCGAAUGGUGAAAUGGUCAAAAGAAUUGUACUGAGAGAGAUGGGGAAGAUCUACUUAUGUGGCAGCUCGGGCAAUAUGCCGAGGGGUGUCCGAGAAUCGCUGGUUGAUGUGCUGCAGGAGACAGAGGGUGAAGAUGGAGAGAAGAUGGGGAGGGAAGAGGCGGAGGCGUAUUUGGAGCGGAUGGAGAGGGAGGGGAGGUGGAAGCAGGAGACGUGGUAG